AUGAAUAAAAUAUAUGUUGUAAAAGAUGAGAAUAACAAAUAAUAUGCUUUAAAACUUUAAAGCAAUGUAUCACAUUCUGAAAUAGCAAUGAACAAGUAAAGACCCAUAUUACUUCUAGUUCGAUUAUGGAAAUUAAAUUUUAUAAUGUUAUCAACACUUAUGAAUAAUUUGAAUACAAAAUCAACAUUUUUAAUUAUUUUUGUGUUGUAAUGGAUUAUUGUAAUUUUGGAGAUCUUUUUUAAUAUUUGAAUAGUUAUCGUUUUUAAUUGAAUUUCGAAUGGAAGAAGAUUAUGUUAUUUUAGGUAAUUAUGUGUCUCUCUAAAGCAGAUAGCUUUUGGUAUUUGGGAAAUCCAUUAAUUGAAUAUUAUUCAUCGAGACAUUAAACCUUCAAACAUUCUUGUAUAAAAUAUUGAUAAUUAACAUUUUUUAUUAAAAAUUUGUGAUUUAGGAUUGUCUAAGAUAUAAGAAAACUAAAAUACUGUUAAUAUCGGAACUCCUCAUUAUAUGGCUCCAGAAUUAAUUGAUCCUAAUUAAGUAAAAGCAGAAUACGACAAGUCCGUUGAUGUUUGGGCAUUUGGAGCACUCAUUUUCGAUUUCUAUUCCCAAUAAUAAUUAUUUAGUGGACUCACAAUGUAUUAAAUAUUUGAACAAAUUAAGAGUUGUUCUUUAUUGCAAUAAAGGCUUACUUCAUAUAUUAAAGAUCCACUCCUUCUUGAUAUAGCAAAGAGGUGUUUGUCUUAGAUUCCAAAUACAAGGCCCUCCAUUGAAUAAAUCCUUAUUUAACUUAACGAACCCUUGUUUUAGGAACAAAAAAAAAUAUUUAAGGAGUAAAACUAAAAAUUUUUUAAUCCAAAAGAAUAAUAACCUUAAAAUCAAUAAUAUUAAACAGAAAAUGAAGGUAAAUGUUAACAAAAAAUUGAAGAUCAGUCGAAAUAUAUAAUUUAAGAAUAGCAAAAAUAAGUAGUUUAAGAUGAAAACUAAAAUAAAAUUUCAGAUCAAUCAUCAUAAACAAUUUAAAAUCAGUCAUAGUAAUUGAUGUAGAAUUAACCAAGCUAAAUAAAAAAUAGUAACCAUAUUAGAAAUAGAGUUAGAUUAAGAUCUUUUCUAAAUGAUUAAAAUCUAAUUGAAUAAUUGUGCACUAUGAUAGAGAACCGCUCCUAUUAAGAUGAAAUUAUGAGAUUAAUAGAUGAAAUAAUAAUAAAAAAACUUGAAUGCCAAAUGAAUCAAAUUCAAUGA